AUCUCUAGUUAUAACUAAAAAAAAAGAGUAUACAUUGCGACAUUGGAAUCAUGUUUAUGUGUACGACAUAAUUAGAUGUCGCUCAGAGGCAAAAUGAGUUUUUCAGAACUCGGCCAGUAUCAAAGUUCACUUUUUGUAAAUGUAACAUAAAAUCAAUUGUCAUAACGAAUAAUAAUUGUUAUAACGAUUGAGCCAUUGAUACCGUUAACAAUAUAGUGAUAGAGAAAUGAGUGGUUACGAUAGUGCAUUAUCUAUUUUCUCACCAGAUGGACAUGUGUUCCAGGUUGAAUAUGCUUCAGAAGCAGUUAAAAGAGGUACCUGCGCAGUAGGAGUAAAAGGGAAAGAAUGUGUUGUAUUGGGAUGUGAAAAGAGAACUACACUUAAAUUACAAGAUCCACGUAUUACUCCAUCUAAAAUUUGUAAAAUUGAUAAUCAUGCGUUAUUAGUAUUUGCUGGUUUAAAUGCUGAUGCUAGAAUUUUAGUUGAUAAAGCUAGAGUAGAAGCUCAAUCUCAUAGAUUAACAUUGGAAGAUGCAGUUUCCAUUGAAUAUUUAACAAAAUAUGUUGCUGGUGUGCAACAAAAGUAUACACAAUCUGGAGGUGUUAGACCGUUCGGUAUAGCCACAAUUAUAGCAGGUUUUGAUAGUAAUGACACAGUACCAAAAUUAUAUCAAACAGAACCUUCAGGAGUUUAUAAUGCUUGGAAAGCUCAUGCUAUUGGGAAAUCAUCUAAAACAGUAAGAGAAUUCUUAGAAAAGCAUUAUGAAGAAGAUUUAGAUGAUGAUAAAAGUGUUAAAUUAACUAUAAAAUCAUUAUUAGAAGUCGUACAAACUGGAGCUAAGAAUAUUGAAGUUUCUGUUUUAAAAGCUGGAAAUAUCAUUAAACAAUUAGACGUUGAUGAAAUUAAGAAAUAUGUGGAUGAAAUAGAAGCAGAAAAGGAAGCAGAAGCUGAAAAGAAGAAGAAAUCGAAAGAUUAGAUAAAUGUGUAGAUUACGUUUAAUGCAUUAUAAAGAAAUAAACGAACUGAAAUAAUAAUAAUAAUAAUAAUAAUAAUAAUAAUAAUAAUA